AUGAUAAACUUCAUGCUCUCCCCUGUAAUGGGACUAUCAAAUGCAAGAUCGUCGAUGGAGAAAUGGUGCGUUGCUCUCUGUAACAAUUACCUAGAUUUAGAGAUGACCUAUAAGAUGGCAGUGUCCAUUUCCUCUAUGUGUGUCGCUCUCGGUAACAUUUUCACACAAAUAGGGGUAAAUGGACACCGCCAUACGUUAACACGAAGUGCAAGGAAAGGGGAAUGCAGGGGUGAUAUGCCUCCUUCUAGCAAGAAACAGAAGGCAGAAAGACAAUUUUCCAAUGAGACUCAUUUACUGCUACGGAAUGAAGGGCAAACGGGAGAAAAUCCACGUGACCUUCUCAAAGCAAAGGCAAAAGCUGCAUAUAAAAGGGCGGCUUUGCUUGCGGUCGACACAUUCGCUCGUCCGCCGAUCACGAUGAAGUUCUUGGUGUUGUUGGCUUUGCUUGCUGCGGCUGCUGGGGAGCAUUCCCACGGCGGACACGGGCAUUUCCCUCACGGUGGGCAUACCCACUUCCUUCCUGUCAGGCAUGGAUUCAGACACACCACCUCUACCUUCCCGCACCGACCACGCCCCUUCAGACCUGCCGCCCACCCCGUGGCACCUGUGCAUCCUGUGGUGCCCCAGCCACCUGCCUCGGGCGUUGCGGUGGACGACAGGCUGGACGACAGCGAGUACCACUUCUCGUGGCGCCAUGACGGCAGCAAGACCUACACGUGGGAUGGCGCCAACCAGUACUGCCGCAGCCUCGGCUCCGGCUGGCAGGGAAUCAGCAUCGAGACUCGAGAGGAGGACAGUCUCGUCAGCAAAGCCAUUUCAGGAGAUCUGCUACCGUGGAUUUGGACCUCGGGUCACCUCAGCAGACACGGCUUGGACUGGGCUUGGGAUUCAGGUGCACAAUUCGUGGGUCUGAACUGGUCUCACACCGGCGGGAAUGGUCAAGCACAACCAGACAACCGCGAGCGAGGGGGCGAGAAGUGCCUGGGGGUUCUCAACAACUUCUACAACGACGGCGUCAAGUGGCACGACAUCGCCUGCCACCACGACAAGGCCAUCAUCUGCGAGCGCAAAGCCCGAGUCCACGGAUGAGGAGCACGUGCGUCCUGCUUUCUUGUAGAGCGAACGACGUCUGUAUUUAUAUGUAUU